AUGUCAGGCCAAAACCAUUCUCACACACCAUAUACCUAUGAUCCAAGUUAUGUCUCCACAACUAACACAGCGGCUUCGUCUACUGGCGAUCUAUCCCAAUCAUAUUAUGGAUACGACUAUUCAGCAUAUUCUUCUAAUGUUCCAUAUCAAAGCAGCACAAAUACUAACGUUUACGAUGGCUAUGAUUACUCUACAUACGGUAGUAGUAAUUAUUAUUAUCCCACAACAGGAGCAUCGUCCACACCGAAAGCAUCUACAGCGGCUGUGGUUGAAGCACCUCCAGCCAUUGUAAACACUGUCUCCAUGUCUUCAAAUUCAAGCAAAACUGGAAUUAUUCAUCAAGAGAGAGGAAUUAGUUCUGGUAUCCAUCAACCAAAGGACGACAUUGUAAGCGGGCAUCUUGACAUGCAAAGCGGAAUUAAUAAGCAAUCUACUUCAAAAAAGAAACCAAAGACAAUUAUUAGAGCAGCAGGAGGUGAAAUUUGGGAAGAUCCAACAUUACUAGAAUGGGACAUUAAUGACUUUCGCUUAUUUUGUGGUGAUCUCGGCAAUGAAGUCACGGACGAUAUCUUGUAUAAAGCAUUUAGCAAAUAUCCAUCUAUACAAAAAGCCAAGGUUAUCCGGGAUAAACGUACUAAUAAAAGUAAGGGAUAUGGAUUUGUAAGUUUUAAGGAUGCGGAUGAAUUUGUCAAAGCUUGGAAAGAAAUGAACGGAAAAUAUGUGGGUAAUAGACCAAUAAAAUUACGAAAAAGCGUGAUUUCUCGGCAGUUUAGAGAAAUGCCACGUGCCAGAAUCGAAGGUCUGCUCGCAUCUUUCCCAAAGUUAACAAGCGCUGGACAGCAGCAUACUACUAUUGAGACUGAACAUGUUCGAUAUGUUUAUCAGCCACUUGAUGAGCUUUAUAUGGUUCUUAUUACAAAUAGACAGUCUAAUAUCUUACAAGAUAUUGAUACUUUACAUCUAUUCGCUCGCGUGGUUUCGGAUGUAUGUCAUUCAACUGACGAGAGGGAAAUUUUAAGAAAUAGCUUCGAAUUGCUGAGUGCUUUCGAUGAAAUCGUAUCCUUAGGGUAUCGGGAAAAUGUCAAUCUCGCUCAGAAUAAAGAGCAAGAAGCUAAAGAAGAAUUAAAAAGAAGGGCUAAACAAUUGGAAAUGCAAAAAAAAGAAAUGCUCAAAAGAGGAAGUGGCACUUCAUUCGGAAGCAGUUUUGGUCAGUCUAUUAAUAGACCAUCUUCUUAUGCCGAACCACAAGUGCAAACAUCCUUUGAAGAAGGCAUACGUUCUACGUAUAGUAGUUCUCCGACUCCAACACCUUCUAAAGCUAAGGGUAUGCAAUUAGGCCGAAAACAGAAAGGUGCAGAUUUGUUUGAGGCUGUUAAGAAUGAAGUUGGAUUUGAUGAUGUAUCCGAAAAGGCUAGUGUUAAAGGUACAUCUAUUCCAAAGGUCCCCGUUGAAAGUGUUCACUUAUCAAUCACUGAAAAAAUAUCUCUUCAGGCUAACAGAGAUGGUGGCCUCGAGAAUUUAGAGGUAAAAGGGGAUUUGGAACUUACUAUUUCUGAUCCAAACAUGACACGAAUCAAGAUUUCUGUUCGUGCGGUUGAUGAUGGCAAUCUGCAGCUUAAG